AUGCCGCGGGUGGGGGAUGGGACCUUUGGGCAGUCGGGAAACUAUGUUACGAACGCGUCUUCAGACGACAGUCUAGAUGCCAUGAUUGCAGCUUCAAGCCAGCAACAACGGAUAUCAGCCGCACCGAUGUCAGCACCCAAAGCCAAUGCCCAAAGUCCAGUCCCAUCGAGUAUUCUUCGAACUGGGUCUCAUUAUGAUGGAGCUGCCUUGAGUCCCAUUCGUCAGGGAGCUGCCUUGGAAUUGCCCACUACCAAUUCCGCAUUGCCCCCGCGAGGAGCACCUGUAUCCACUAGUCGAGUUCGUGUCCGUGCGGCCGAAUCGAAUUUCCGACUAGGUAGUGGCUCUUCUUCUGUGAACAGCAGUCGACAACAACAUUGGGGCAUGGAAUUGCCCACGACUAUUGAAACCACGACCAGCCAGAAACCAGAGACGACGAUAAUGUCUCGCACCAAAGUACGAGCUGCAGAAACCCGAAGUCGAAGGGAUGACAGUAUGCAAUUGCCUUCCACACGGGUUGUCAGUGAUACCGAUGUCGGAACUUCCAAUAAAAAGCAAAUAUGGAGGGCAGCUGAAUCUGGUUCAUCUCCCUUGUUGCCAGACUAUUCAUCCAACGACAACAAUCAUAAUAGUAACAACAGUGCCAGUCGUCGAAGACGGGGAGCUCCAGCCCAACGAGCGCCUCCGGAUCGAUCGAGGACGCGUUCGACGCCUUCCUUGCGGAAAAUUGUCAUGCGUGGGGUGAACGGUGGCACGUCACCCGUUUUGCCACAAACGACAUCCGAAUCCAUGUCAGCAGCGGGUCCGUCCAUGCCGCAACGUCAGACGAGUGGUGGUGGUAUUCGAAGGCGAACGGCCUCUACCACUGGUUCGGACGAUGAGGAUCUCUACAGUUAUCCCUCGCGAGAUUCUCCCUACAAGUUCAAAAGGAGUCGAAAACAUGGGAAUUGGUACAGUUGGAGGAAUUUGACACAACUGAAAGUGGGACACAUGGCACAAGCGCUCUUCAUUUUGGCUGUGACUGUUCUGGUGUACGAAUCGCACAGCAAGGCUAUCUUUGCGGCCAAUCAAUUGAGUCAAUUCAAAGAAGAGGAGUCUCUCUUGUUAUUGCAUCUCCAAAAAAUUGAACAGCAAUCGAUUCAACUGCACGAGAAUCUCAGUCGAUUGGCCCAAUCUGGUGGUCCGAUGGAACCCCUCAUGGAAGAAGUCGAAAAGAGGGCCGAGAGUGGUGAUGUGGAUUUUGAUUUGAUUCACAAGCAAACGCAGCAAUUGUAUCAAAUGGAAGAAGAACUCAAUCAUGAGGUGCGCACGCUGCAAGCCAAAAUCCAACAGUCGGCAAGAAAUCACAUUAUUCAAGCCUUUGGAGAAGGUCCCGUCCAAGUCAUUUUAGAACUGGAAUUUCCCGAACAGAGUAGCAGUGCCAAUCAAAUUUCCAUUUUGCUUUGGCAUGAUACUCCGCAUGCAGCCUGGACGUGGUUGGACCAAAUUGGAAAGCAUACUUGGGAUGGGGCCAAAUUUAGUUGGCAACAAAGUCACAUGAUUGAUGCCAUUCCGGUCCAUGUCGACCACAGUGGUUCCCGCAUUGAAUUUGUCGAGCAAUCCCAACAUGGGCACGACGCCUGGACAGUGGGGUUGCGGGAGUCAGACAUGGGAGACUUGCAAAUGUUUUUCAAUCUGCAGGACAACAGCAACAUUCACAAGCAUGAAGUGUGUGUUGGAAAGGUCAUUGACGGAUUUGAUGUUUUGCAGCAUUUGUUGGAGACAUCACGUGCGCAAAAGAAGAGCGAUGACAAUGUCAUUCGCGUUCGAACCGCAACUGCCAUGCACGUGACACGAGUUGAAAAUUUAUAA